AUGGCUCCUAAAAAGUGUCCUGCCCCUUCUAAGGCUUCUGGCAAAGAGCCUAAAAGAAAGGUCGUCAUGAAGCUCAAUGAAAAGGUGAAAGUUCUCAAUAUGAUGAAGGAGGUCAAAAGUUUCGCCAUGACAUACUUGGAAGCUGCCAAAACAAAAUUUACAAGGGGCUAUAAGGGCCUCAGCCCUUCUAAAAUUACAACAACAGUGGGCCAGAAUGUUGGGGCAAUUACUUAUGCUGGAAUUAAACUAAGCUUUUGGGAUCUUGGAGGACAAGAAGAAUUACAGCCACUUUGGGAAAAGUAUUAUGCAGAAUGUCAUGCUGUAAUAUAUAUGGUGGACUCAGCAGAUCGGGAGCGAAUGGGUGAAUCAAAAGAAGCCUUUGACCGAAUGAUAUGCAGUGACAAUCUUUCCGGAAUUCCUCUUCUUGUCCUUGCAAACAAACAGGACCUUCAGGACUGCAUGGGUGUCAGGGAAGUAAAACCAAUAUUUAAUCAGUCAGCAGAUCUCAUUGGACGACGGGAUUGUAUGGUGAUGCCUGUAUCAGCUCUCACAGGGGCUUUUGGACCCCUCUGCAAGGCUGCUCUCUGCUGCACAUACUCUAUGAGAGCCUUGCUCCCUGAAUGGAAUCCAACUUCUGAUGGUAGUAAAAUCCAGAAAGAUUUCUGGAUCAGGUGAGAAUGUUUUGGGUUUCGUGCAAGAAACCUUUAGCUCAAAUGGCAGAGCGGAUUUUUGUCUAGCUGCACUACACACCAUCCUCUUCUUAAUUUGGGA